AUGUUACUCUACUAUGUUCUUCUUCAUUUUUUUACAAUAAUCUUUUUCACAUAUUCUCAAUCAACUAUUUCUAUUGGAAUUAUUGAUGACAAUGAUUCUCCCAAAGGAAUACUUAAUAUCGCUAUACCAAAUAUAACUUUCUGUAAUCAUCAUGGUUUAAUAUUACAAAUUCGUUGGAUUAAUUCAUUAAACUCAUUAUUAGAUCUUCUUAAUGAACUGGAAGAACGAGCAAACCAUACACAUAUUUAUGUCGCACAUAAAGAUCAAUUUUCAACAAAAUUAAUUCAGGGUUUCUGUCAAACAUAUCGAAUACCAUGUGUUAGUAUGAAUUCACAAGGAAUAAUAACAACAACAUCAUUAACUCGUUCAUAUACAGCUAUGCCUGAUAUACUUCGUGUAUUAAUAAGUUAUUUAAAAUAUCAUUAUAUACGAGAAAUAGUAUAUAUUUAUGAUAAUGAAGAAGCAACAUAUCGUAUAUAUGAUUUACUUAAAUUAAUGAAUAAUGAUGAAUAUUUUAAUAAUUUCUCAUUAGAUAUAAGAGUAACACGACAUGAAGAUAUUUAUUCACUUUUAUAUAGUAUUGAUAUUCAUUCAAAUCAUAAAGAUCAACCACCAAAAUAUAUUGUGUUAGAUCUUAAAGCAUUCGUAGAUUAUGAAAAUAUGUUUGAUAAAAUUUCACAUAUGGGUCUUACUAGUGAUUUAUAUUACUAUAUACUUCUUUCAAGUUUUGAUGUUUGUUCAUGGAUGAAAGGAGUGAAUUUAACUGGACAUUUAAUUUAUUUUGAUUAUCAACAGCAUGAUUGUAAACUUGAUCAGCAACCAUCUUCUUCUUCUAGUGAAAAAAUUUCCUCAUCAUCAAAAUCUAAACAUCAUGCAACUUAUUAUCGAUCAACAUUAUCAUUUCGUAGUGAUCAUGAUCUAUAUAAAUCAUCAAAUUCUAAUCAAUCAAUAUCAAAUAAUACAGCAGAUAUUAAUAAUAGAAAAUUAAAUUUAUGUACAAAUAAACUUAAACGAAAUGAUGAAUAUUUUUCCUAUACAUAUUUUACUUCACAAUUAUCUAAAUCAUAUCAAACACGUGCACGUUCUUUAUAUGAUUCAUUAAAUUUAAUAAUACGUAUAUUUAAAUCAAAUUUAAUUGAUUGUAAAACAUUUCGUUUAAAACAAACUAAAACAAAAGUUUUCCAACAAAAUUUAACUGAUAUUAAUAUUUAUGCAAUAAGAAAAUCAAGUUUAAAUAUAUAUAAAAAUCAAAUUGAAUUAACAGGACGAUAUUCAAGUAUACAUGAUGAUUAUCAAUCAUGUGUUACAGAUAAACGUGCUGAAUAUUUAAGAAGAUACAAAGUAGCAACAUCAAGAAUGUAUUAUAUAACAAGUUUAUUUGAUGAACCAUUUCUUAUGUUACGUAAACGAACAGAUUUACAUGCAAAAUAUAGUCAUCCACAAGCUGAUUUAAAAGAAUUACGUGGUCGUUUAUUUGAUUUUCAUGAAUUAGAAGGAUUUUGUGUAGAUUUAGCUGAAAAAGUUUGUUCAAUUUUAAAUAUAACAUGUAAAUUUCAUAUUGUACGAGAUGGAGGUUUUGGAAGUAAAAAUGCAUCAACAGGCUCUUGGAAUGGAAUGGUUGGGGAAAUUGUAUCUCGUAUAGCGGAUAUGGCAAUUGCUCCGUUAACUAUUAGUCAAGUACGAAUGGAAGCAGUCGAUUUUAGCAAACCAUUUAUGAAUUUAGGCAUUUCUAUUAUGAUUUCAAAACCAGAUGCACAAAAACCAGGUGUAUUUUCAUUUAUGCAUCCAGUUUCGAUGGAAAUAUGGUUAUGUUUUUCGUUAGCUUAUUUUGCUGUUAGUGUUGUUUUAUUUCUAACAUCACGUGUUGUUAAUUCUGCUUGGCGUCGACGUGUUGUUCGUCAACCAUCUUAUCGUACGUAUACAUAUCCAAAAAGUGUUAAUGAUAAACAUAAAACUGAUAUUGAAUUACAUCGUCAAAAACGUGAUUCAGAAGAUUCAGGACGUUCAUCGGAAGUAACUAUAAUAACAACACCAUUGAAACAAACAGUUCGUCGUCGACAUCAUCAUCGAGCACGACAACAUACGUCUACACCAAUUAAUGAUGAUAUAAGAAUACAAAAGACAAAAGAUAUAGAAUUAAAACAAAAUGAUGUUCAUUUAUUUGGUAUUUCAAAUGCAUUAUUCUUUUCAUUUGCUUCAUUUAUGAGACAAUCAAUAAAUCUUGUACCUAAAUCAUUUUCUGGUCGAAUUGCUGCAACAUCAUGGUGGUAUUUUUCAUUGAUUUUUAUUUCAUCUUAUACAGCUAAUCUCGUCGCUUUUCUAACUGUGGAAAAAUUAGUUACACCUAUUGAAAGUGUCGAAGAUUUAGCUAAACAGCAAGAAAUAAAAUAUGGAUCAGUGCGAAAUGGAACAACAUCAGCUUUUUUUGAAAAAUCGAAUGUCACUGUUUUUCAACAUAUGUGGGCAGUUAUGCAACGAAGUUCAUCGGAAGUAUUUUUUACAUCUAAUGAUGAAGGUGUGGCAAAAGUUCGAAGUUCAAAAGGAAAAUAUGCAUUUUUUAUUGAAUCAACAAAAAAUGAAUAUGUUAAUGAACGAAGACCUUGUGAUACAAUGAAAGUUGGUUCUGAUUUAGAUUCGAAAGGUUAUGGAAUUGCUACAAGAUUAGGUUCAGAUUUAAGUGAAGCAAUUGAUAUUAUUGUAACAAGUCUUCGAGAAUCAGGUUUUAUGGAUAAACUUAAACAACGUUGGUGGUAUGAACGAUCUGAAUGUUCAUUAACGGCAAAAGAUAAACGUUUUAGUGAAUUAAGCCUUUCAAGUGUAACUGGUCUUUUUUAUAUAUUUUUAUUUGGAAUUAUUUUAUCAUGUGUUAUUGCUUUUUCGGAAUUUUUAAUAACAGCUAAAGCCGAAUCAGAAAAAUUACAAAUUAGUUUUCGAGAAAUUCUUCGGAUUAAAAUGAUCGAAAAUAUGGUUGGUAUUACAAUUAGUGCACAAAAACAAGUUGAAUUUGGUCGUAUUGAAAAUGAUUUUCAUGAUGAUCCUAAUCAUGAUGAACAAAAUGAAAUUAUUGAACAAUAUACAGAAUAUCAAUUACAAAAACCACAAAGUGAUGUUUAG